AUGGAGACUUCAGCACUCUUCAUUGUGCACCUGCUGCUGGAGGCUUCCCUUGCCCUGACCCAGACCUUUAAAGGUUCUCAUUCCUUGUGGUACUUCGACAUCGCGGUGUCAAGACCUGGCCUAGAGGAACUCCUCCACAUGACUAUCGGCUAUGUGAACGACACAGAGUUCAUGCAUUUCACCACUGAGUCAGCAAAUCCUAGGUUCGAGCCCCGGGUGCCCUGGAUGGAGCAGGUGGGACAGAGGUACUGGGAUGAGCAGACACGCAUUGGCAUAGGUGCAGCACGGCAGAUUCAAGUGUACUUUCAAAAACUGCGAGGCUACUACAAUCAGACCCAGAACAGUUCUCACACCAUCCAAAGGAUGACCGGCUGCUACAUUGGACCAGAUGGGCCUCUUCAUGCAUACCAUCAGUUUGGCUAUGAUGGGCACGAUUACCUCACCCUGAGUGAAGAUCUGAGCACCUGGAUUGCAGCUGACAUGGCUGCUGAGACCACCAAGAGAGAGUGGGAGGCAGCAAAUGUAGCUGUGUUCUGGAGGGACUACUUGCAGGGCUCUUGUGUGGUGUGGCUCCUUAAAUACCUGGAAAUGGGAAAUGAGACUCUACUGCGUGCAGACCCCCCCAAAGUACAUGUGACCCAUCAUCCCAGACAUGAAGGAGACGCCACCCUGAGGUGCUGGGCCUUGGGCUUCUACCCUGCUGACAUCACCCUGACCUGGCAGAGGGAUGGGGAGGACCUGACCCAGGACAUGGAGCUUGUGAAGACCAGGCCUGGAGGGGACAGAACCUUCCAGAAGUGGGCAGAUGUGGUGGUGCCUUCUGGAGAAGAGCAGAAAUACGUGUGCCAUGUGCAGCAUGAGGGUCUGCCUGAGCCCAUCACCGUGAUCUGGUCCCACAUCUUUCUUUCCUUUCCAGGCAGGCCUCCCCAGCCCUUCGUCCCAAUCAUAGUAGCUGCUGUUGGCCUUGUUCUCCUGGGAGCUUCAGUGGCUGCUGCUGUAAUGUGGAAGAAGAGCUCAGGAUUACGUCAUAAUGUGUGGGAAUCUGUGUAAGAAAAUUGUGAACGAUGGAUGAAGCAGACAGAGUGAGGAAUGCUCUUCCCACGAAGUGGCCUUCUAAAAAGAAUUGCACAAACUAUGAUAAAUGAAUGUGCUUCAAAGCAAGAGCAUGAGGAAAAUGCCCUGGCAUCUCCAAUUAUCUCUGUGGGGAAGGGGAAGGCCUGGGAGGAGUGGUCAUGGUUCCUUUCGCAUGGUCAAAGAU